AUGGCCGCCGGUAGAGAAACCAACAGAUCCGCCGCAGUCUCCCGCUGCAUAUCUAAAUCUUCGGCACGACGGUUCGUCGGAGUCCGGCAGCGGCCGUCCGGCCGGUGGGUAGCGGAAAUAAAAGACUCUUCUCAGAGAGUUCGCCUCUGGUUGGGCACUUACGACACACCGGAGGAAGCCGCUAGAGCCUACGACGAGGCCGCCAUUGCUCUUCGCGGCGAAAACGCGAGGACCAAUUUCGUGUCUCCGGCGACCGGUUCAAAAUUUGCCGACAUCGGCGUGUUGAAAGCGAAAUUGAGCAAGAAUCUGCAGAGUAUUAUUGCGAGAACGAGCCAACAGAGCAAAUCGUUGAAAAACAGAGUGAGCGAUCGGUUCACUUUUGGGAAUAUUUUCAAUUUCAGAAGCUAUCAAUCGGCAACAAUGGCGGAUUUGACGGUCAUUGAUAAAGCUGCUGUACAGCCGAGCAUAAUUGUACCCCACAUAGAAACCGAUCAGCCCGGUUCGUGGGAUAGCAGCGACGGCGAUGGAUUCCGGCAACUGGGUUUCAGUUCCGAUGGGUCAGAGGCCACCGGAGAUUGGUGGGUAGAUCGAAUGUUGGAAGAUGAUUAUUGUAAUGAAGGUUUGAAGAGUAAGAGGUUUAGGGUUUCUUCUUCUGUGGUUGUACCUCCAACUUUUAGUGGGUCACCUAGCUAUGGUGAAUGUUAA